CUAAAGUCCUCCAACUUGUCCCGCAUAUCAUCAGUAUCUUCUCUUUUCUUUUCUGCUUCAUACUUUGCAAGGAUUCUACAACCAAUUAUCAUGGAAUGUACACCAUAGCUCUGCGGUCCCCUCCAAGAGGGAGGCCCCAACAACUGCUCCUCCCUCACUUUGAACACACCCUUUUGCCCAACAAUACGAUUCAGCUCUUUUGGAAAGCCGCUUGGGUCUAGAGAACUCUGAACUACACAAAGUCAAAUGGAGCACCAGCCUCUAAAAGGCUGCCUUGCCUGCUUAUGGGCCAAGUGGCCUGCAAUCCCUGAUACAACACUGGAGGAGUUGGAGAGCAUUGGACGCCGGGUGUCCUUUGACUUACGAGAGCUCAUGAUUGAAGCACUUAUUGAAAAGGGUGUUGAUGAAGCUGACCUGGAUAGUAGCAUGGUAAAGAUUCAGGACCAUAUUGGAUCAUUGUGGAGAUUGCGUCCCUUUAAAACACUGGGGGAUUGUUCAGAGUUCUCUAGACCCAAGCGGCUUUCCAAAAGAGCUGAAUUGUAUUGUUGGGCAAAAGGGUGUGUUCAAAGUGAGGGAGGAGCAGUUGUUGGGGCCUCCCUCUUGGAGGGGACCGCAGAGCUAUGGUGUAUGAUAACUGGUUGUAGAAUCCUUGCAAAGUAUGAAGCAGAAAAGAAAAGAGAAGAUGCUGAUGAUAUGCGGGACAAGUUGGAGGACUUUAGUCAAACAGUUGAAAAGGAACACAAGGCUCCAUUAGCGGCUGUGCAUAUGGAUGGUGAAGCUGUUAACUGGUAUCAUGGACUUGUCAAAGAAGAAGGGUCGAUUUCAUGGGAGAAAUUGAUUGAGCAGGUCUUGGUUAGAUUUGAUGAGAUGGAUCCAGAAUUGAUUGUGGCAGAGUUUCAUGAUUGUAUACAGAUUACCACAAUUGCAGGGUAUAUUAAGAAAUUUGAAGAACUAAAGUCUGCUGUAACAAUAUUUCACAAGUUUGAAGAAUCAUAUGUGUUGAAAUGCUUUGUAACUAAGCUAAGAGAAGACAUUAGAGGCUCUGUUCUCAAUACCAAACCUACCUCACUUCAAGAGGCUUAUGCAGUGGCAAAGAAGCAUGAGGCUAUGAUUGAAGCUAUCACAAAGAGGGCAAAGGUCGGCUUUAAGGGAAGAGGACUUAUAGCUUUGCCAACGAAGGGGAACAUACACACUUCCCAGAAACCUACUAGUAAUACUACAACUACCAGGAAGCUUCUCACAGCCGAGGAAAUGAGAGCCCGUAGGGAGAAGAAUCUGUGUUACAAUUGUGAUAAAAUAUUUACUCCAGGCCACAGGUGCAAGUCUCGACAGAUCUUCCUCAUGAUGACAGAGGAAGAAGAGAACAACCUUUGUGAACAUGAUACCCUAAUUGCCGAUCCAGACGUUCCGAUUGGAUUUCGCGAUUCUGCAUCCGUCUCGGAUCGGGAAGCUUCCGGCUAUCCUCAGACUCGUAGACUCGAUGCUAGGCCAAUGGUGGUGAGUUUAGCUCAUGGAGGGACCCUAAUCAGUAAAUCAAUAUGCCCGGAUUUUACGUGGGAAGUUCAAGGAAACAGAUUCCAGUUUCCAUUUAGAGUGAUUGCAUUACAAGGAUGUGAAAUGGUAGUAGGAGGAGAUUGGCUAAGAGGUUAUACACCCAUUUUAUUUGAUUACUCUAAUUUGCAAAUAACAUUGGACUUCCAUGGGAAGCAAAUGGUUAUCAAAGCUGAUGCAGAAAGAGGAGAGUUGAAGAUUAUGACCGUGCAAUCAAUGCAGAAGUUCUUUAAAAAGGGAGCCCGGAUGAUAGCUGGGGUGAUUGGUAAGAGGAUGAUCACUAGGAACAAUUUGCCUGUUGCUCAGAUUUUAGUGCAUUGGUCUUACUCGUCACCAGAGGAGGCAACUUGGGAAGAUGCAGAGGAUAUCAAACUGAAGUUUCCAGAUUUGAUCUUUGAGGACAAGGAUCUGGUUAAAAAGGGGGCAAUGUCAUGACCAUGAAUAAAUAUUGCUUUAAAAAAAUAUUCCUAAGCAACUCUUAAGCAACCAACAUUAAAAAUGCACUUAGUGAAUAUACUCCAUAGUUUGAGAAGAUCUGUCCACAUGUUUUUAACAUUAGAAGUAGAUUUAAUUCACUUCAUUCUUCAGGCUGGGCAAGUUGUGAACAGAUUAUUCGUACAGUAAAUGUUUAGAAUUAUC